AUGCCACGCCACCUAAAGAGGGGGAAGGAGGAGUGGUCGGCGCAGUUGCAGGGAACGGGAGUGGAAUCACCGGCCCCUGAUGCGGCACCCCAGCCUGGCCAGGCCCACUGCAUCCCUGGCAUUGAGAGCCCCCUGUACUGUGGGCUGGAGCUAUACCGCUCCUGGUGUUGCUCCAGCUUGUGCAAGGACUACCCUGACCUGCAGCUUCAUGGGGACCACCUAGGGGACAGGGCCUCUGAGAGCCCUGUGCCCAGCUACAUAUCCUAUGAGGGUCCGCUGCUGCAGUCCAGGGACCUGAUGGAGCUGGACCACCUGCGACUAGAAUCUAUGGUGCCGGAAACACAGAGGUGCAUGCAACUGCCUGUAGAGGAUGCCGCAGAGACCAGUAUUACUCUGCAUGGGGAGCCACCAUCCAACUCCAUGCUCAAUGGGUACCUUGAGAGCAAGGUGCUGGAGGUGUACCGGCAGUACAUGGAGGACAACCUGGCACGGUGUGGAUCUUCCCCUGGCUGUGUGCUGCCACCGAGCCUGGCCCCUCCAAAUUUGCCCCCGCUCGGCCUUGCUUUGCCGAGCCUUCUGCCUUCGAACUCACAGCUCUUCACAGAGCCAGCUACAGCGCUGGGGCUGUUGAGCUCCCAGUGUAGCUCUGAUUUCAGCUCGCCUGUGCUGCGCAUCUCCGACACCAAACUGGGAGAGCAGUGCCCUGUGGCAUCCAAACCCCCAGUGAAACCCCACCCCCUUUAGCUCCUGCCAUCAUCUCUAACUGACUUGCAUAGGCACAGGAAAGCAAAAUGUUACAUUCAGACUGGUUGUCAUGUUGUGGACGUAAUCAAACACUAUCCAGUGCCAUGCUUCAUUCACAGUUACUCACCUAUUUAUACAGCAGAGUAAUUUUUAUUGUAUCCACUCAGGUUAAGUACCUUAAUCAA